AUGGCCGCCACCAAGGACUACAGACUGCUCUGCUUGGAGAACCCUCUCCUUGAUAUCCAAGCCUUUGGCGACGAGGCCCUCCUCGAAAAAUACGGCCUCAAGCCCAACGACGCCAUCCUCGCCGAGGAGAAGCACCUCCCCAUCUACGAGGACCUCCUCAACAACUACGACGCCAAGCUCAUCGCCGGCGGCGCCGCUCAAAACACCGCCCGCGGAGCCCAGUACAUCCUCGCGCCCAACUCUGUCGUCUACCUCGGCGGCGCCGGCGACGACAAGUACGCCGCCAUCCUCCGCGAUGCCGUCAAGCAGGUCGGCCUCCGGGUCGAGUACCGCGUAGACCCCAAGAUCCCCACCGGCCGCUGCGGCGUCGUCAUCACGGGCCACAACCGCUCCAUGGUCACCGAGCUCGGCGCCGCCAACCACUACGACCUCGAGCACCUCAAGCGCCCAGACAUCUGGGCUCUCGUCGAGAACGCAGAGGCUUACUACGUCGGCGGAUACCACUUCACCGUCUGCCCCCCCGCGAUCCAGGAGCUGGCCAAGCAGGCGGCCGAGAAGAACAAGCCGUUCAUCUUGAGCUUGUCCGCCCCGUUCAUCUGCCAGUUCUUCAAGGAGCCGCUUGAUGCCUCAGCGCCGUAUUGGGAUUAUGUCAUUGGUAAUGAGGGCGAGGCGGCUGCGUACUCUGAGAGCCAUGGGCUUGGUUUGACGGAUGUCAAGGAGAUCGCCAAGGCGCUCGCCAACCUGCCCAAGAUCAACACCCAGCGGAAGCGUGUGGCUAUCAUCACUCAAGGUACCGAGCCUACCGUUGUUGCCAUUCAGGGUGAGGAUGAGGUCAAGGAGUACCCUGUUCACGAGCUCGCCAAGGAGCUCAUCAACGACACCAACGGUGCUGGUGAUGCUUUUGCUGGCGGUUUCUGCGCUGGCAUUGUUGAUGGUCACCCCCUUGAGGAGGCUGUCAACAUGGGCCAGUGGUUGGCUCGUCUGAGCAUUCAGGAGUUGGGUCCUUCUUACCCCUUCCCCAAGCAGGCCUACUCCCGCCAGUAGAUCACUCAAUGAAUGAACUCUUUUUUCUUCUUUUCCUUUGCUUUUUCUUGUAGGGCGUUGGAGGGGUCAAAUCGCAUCGGGAAAAGUGUAAAAAAGGUAGAGGAGUCAGUCUAUCUGGGUUUCAACAACGGGAAGCAAAUCGGGCUGCUGUGUGUUGUGUGUGUGUGAGCGAAAUGUGUGGUUUUUUUUUGGUUUUUUUUGUUGUUUUUUUGGCAUUUUCUUCUCCUUUUUUUCCUGUCAUGCGUUUGGGAGAAAAUCAACUUUUUCCCUUGUCUCCCUCCAGGCAUCAUCAUAUUGAGCAUUAUGAGAAAGGUUUCGGGGGGUGGGUAGGUUUGGUAGAAUAGGUAGACCGUUCCAGGUCAGGGGUGAAGACCACAGGGCCAAAAGGCAAAGGCCAAUAAAUAUAUUGUAGCGAAUAGCAUGACGUCAACCUGCCAUGUUAAACAA